ACAUUUUGCAACUUUGAACUUGCUGUCUGGGAAAAAGUGAACUGCGUCAUCCUUUCUUUAAAAUAUAACCACGUUGGUUUAUUUCUGCCUUAAGUGUUGUGUUUAUAUAGGAAUAAGCUAUAUUUAAUUGUUUUAAGAGUGAUAAGAAUAAUUUAACUUACCAAAAUGCUGUACCUUGAAGAUUAUUUAGAAAUGAUUGAACAUCUUCCUCAGGAAUUGCGAGACAGAUUUACAGAAAUGAGAGAAAUGGAUUUGUCUGUGCAAAACAACAUGGACACACUUGAUAAAAGAGUGCGUACUUUAUUUGCUGGGUGCCGUCGAAAUGAAAUUGCCACUGAACAUGCUAAUACUGAAAUGUCCGAUAUAAAGAAGGGAUAUAACAAAACACUCGAGGAAGCUGAUGAGAAAGUUACUUUAGCUAACCAGAUGUAUGAUUUGGUGGAUAGAUAUUUACGGAGAUUGGAUACAGAGCUACAUAAGUUCAAAUGUGAGCUGGAGGCUGACAAUAAGGGGAUAACGGAACUGCUGGAAAAACGCUCAUUGGAUCUCGACACAAACACUAAUCAUACCAGUACUUCUAGUAAUAGUCACUAUAAAGAGAACAGAUACCGAGUCCGAGCCGAGAAGCGUAGAGACAGCUGGGCCCCGAGGGAGUCGAGGGCUCAUACCAGUAAUGGGAACAUGUCACGCACUGAUUCUGCUAUUCAGGCUGCGCUGGGUCGCGACUCGUACUCGCUGGGACACGCCGGCAGCGCCAUUGCAGCUGCAGCUAGCCAGGCCAUUGCUGCCACACAGCAGAUGCAGCACGGGCGUCGCACGGCGUCGCUGAAGGCGUCGUACGAGGCCGUCGCGGGCGGCGAGCUGGCGCACCACACCGUACACCCGCACACACACCACGACCACGGUCACGGGGCCGUAAGCCACAGCCAGAGCUCGCACGGCCACACCACGGCGCAUGGACACUCAUCCACGUCUAACAAGCGACACACCAAACAAAAGAAAACAUCAUACGGUGCUGCGAGCUCGACCGGCGCGUCCACCAGCGUAGCGCAGCCAACCGCCAGCCGCUCCGCUUCGCCAGCACUUGGUCUGAGCGUGGUGACGUCGGAGAUAGAGGGCGCUGAGGAGGAGUGGACGUACGACCCCAACGAGCCGCGCUACUGCAUCUGCAACCAGGUCUCAUACGGCGACAUGGUGGCCUGCGACAACCAGGACUGUCCGUACGAGUGGUUCCAUUACCCGUGCGUCGGUAUCACGGCGCCGCCCAAGGGCAAGUGGUACUGCCCGCAGUGUCACUCCAACAUGCGCCGAAACAGGAAUCACCGCAAGAAUUAAAAACGUACCUGUAACCAGUGGCGGCCUUACCCAUUGCGAGGCCCGGGGCGGAAGGUCUUUGCGAGGCCCUGGGUGGAAGGUCUUUGCGAGGCCCUAUGUCUUACAAAAAAUACCUUGCGAGGCCCGGGCCAUUGUCCUGUUCGCCACCCCCUAGCGCCGCCACUGCCUGUAGCUUACAGGCAUAACAUGACCACAGUAUAUAAAUUCGAAAGAAUAGAAACAUUGACUUUAGUGUCUGAAAAUAUUCUGUCUAUCCCACCUUGGUAAAAGGAAUAGAAAUACUGACAGAUUUUAACGAUAAAAAUUAUUUAAAAAAAAACUGCC